AUAAUAAUAUAAUAAAAUAAAUUUUCAUGAAAAAUUAUUUCAAGUUAAUGAUAUACUCGAUGGAAAUUUUUUGAGUGCAAAGAAUUAAUAAUAAAAAAUAAUCGAUUUAUAUCGAUAGGUAAUCGAUAAUUUUUCAUUAAUUAAAUUAAAAUCUAUUUGAUGUUUAGCAUUAAAAAUGGCCGUUAUGAUAUGUAUUGUAUAAUACAUAAUAGUAUACUAUCGUGAAAGCCAUUAUCUAUUACGUGAUCGCAGGUCUACAUAUCUUCGUGAUAUAACUUAUGAAAAACUUAGUUAGGGGCUAGCUAUUCGGUCGAUCUACCUCUGAAUAAAGUAUGAAUGUUCCGUGAGACGCCACAUACUCUAGUCUAAAGGACUCUUAGGUCAUAUCAUACUUUGCACAACACUUAAUUGUUCACUGUUUAAUAGUAAAUGUACUAGGUUCUUCACCUCUAUAAUGUACAACGUGCAGUGUCCAGUGCAUGAUCACAUGAUUUUACGUGUACAUAGGCAUCGUGUCUGUAAAAUUUUUAUAUCAACUUUAAAUAGAAUCGACAUAUUAAAAGCAUAAAUCAGAUCACGUAAAGCAAUAGUAAUAUGUGCUAUAAUUAGCGCAUAGGAAAUGUAAUUUUAAUAGAAAUGAAGUCAUAUGCGCCGGUAAUUACACAUUUCGUAGAGGUUACAUGGAUUUGAGUCACACAAUAAGAACACACGUAACAUUUAAAGAACGCAAACAUGUCGUGAUACACACAAGAAUAGUCACGUCGUACCGCUGCGUGUUUAAUCGAUGACGUGUACAUGUUUUUUUUUAUGGCCAUAUAUUCACGUGCAGUUUACAUAAAAAUAAUAGUACAGGCUGUUCGAAUGAAAGUUAGAAUAAAACAAUUAUUCACCCAACACGCGCUUUUAAAUAAUUGAAUCAGUCCUAUCCAAAGUUACACCCAAAGCAAUUUCCCUCCCUCGCUCUGUCUUCGUUACAUAUCUCCGCUACUUGAUAUUGUAUCACAUGUAUGUAUGAGCCCAAUAACAGCAUAAGGAUCUGUAACUGUAGACAGGACUGUCUUGUGUCAUUAUAUUAAAUCUAGUUCAGUUUGGAUCAGUUCUGUUCAAAACUGCUCCUAAAACCAAGUUACCCCCACUUUUUCUUCGUAUCGUAGAUACGGGCACUGUAUGUAUGUACAGUUAAUAUCGGGUUUUGUAUGUAGACACAAUACAAACUAAAUAUGGUACCUAGAGGGGGGGCGAAAUCGCGUAAGAUGCUCUACCCGUGGGCAGGACGGAAUUAAGCGAAUGGAAGUUCAACCGUAACAAAUUAUCCCACCUCGUAUAGACGGAAAUCUUCCUACAUAUAAAAGUGGUAACGUCAGAAAGGGUAAGCCGCAUGACGGCGCCACGGGAGCAUCGCGACGCGACGCGAGCAAUGGUCGUGAGGCGGCGCCGGUCGUUCGUCACGAAACGAGGCGGGGUUGCAAGAGAAGCUCGUAUGAAAGAAGAAGGAAAGAGUCAGCAAAUUCACGCAACUUGAACCCGAGCAAAAGAGAAAGAACCGAAGAAAAUCACGAACAGAACUGUGUAAGGCAUACGGCGAAACUAGCGCCUCCGUUUACGUUCUCUUCGUUACGUUUGUUCCUAUUGGUUUACAAGAGAAGCACAGUAUCCGAAGUUAAAUGCCAAAUCGUAACAACCGUAUCUAUUCGAUCGUUUCGUCAAUUAAUCCUACCGUCCCUCUUUCCCCACAAUUUUUUAUUACCUUCGCCGCCUUUCCGAUUUUAUAUUCUUAUAUUGUAUUCCCUGUCACUUGCAAAAAUGUACAAAAUCCCGAACCUGUUACUCCUAGCUUUCUGCAGUGAUUUCACAGUGUAACAAGAGCCAAAAGAAGAAAACUUGUGCGCGAAACUACUAAUGCAUGUGAACAUCAUGCGUGCUUUUCUUACGUGUGUAUGUGUUACAUCGAUACGAGGUACGAUAGUGUCUCGCUGUAGGUCUCUUUCGGUUCUACCAGUGACUAAUUGAGCGUGCACAUUCAGCAACUUUAUGGCUGGAUAAUGCGACGACCAGGAUAUCGACGGAGCACGGAGGCAUCGAGAAAUCCUCUAAGUUUUGCAAGAAUUAUCUAUUGUCAUACUUGUUCCUUUCGUCCGUCUCAUGGCACAAACCCCGUCGCAUGAAGGGUCAAUUACAAAGAAUUCAAGAGAAAAAGAGAAAAAGAAAACGUAACAACGAACAAAAUCAACUACUACUAAUAAACGAUGUGAUGACUGUGAAGGAUAUAUUUGUACGAAAAUCAAAUGGAUCAAACUAUAGAUGAUGCAAAAGUACAUCAAAUAAUGUGUGACAUGUUAUGGCCGUUUCUACAUGCAAAAUUUAAAAGAUCACUUACGUUCCCUAAGAAACUAUUCAACAGAGAAUAAACCGUGCAUAGAAACAUACAGAGACAAGGGGAUUCAGCGAUGUCGAAAAAGAUACAACAGAACCGGAUCGAUUCGUAGAAGAACGCACGUUUUCGACUGUUCCCCUUGAUAUUCUAGAUUAAUAACGGAAAUAAUUAUGGAUGAAAUAAAGGUGGCGAACUUGGGCCAAGCGGCCUCAGCCGCAUGCUCGAUGGCAACGAAUUUCUUGGCGCCGGUGAAAACCGAACGGCAAAUCUACGAGAAUUCGAUGCUCGAGGACGAUCCCAAUGCCAACUCGGUGGUACCGACUUCGCAAGAAGAUAGAACUGUGCCGAGAUGGGGCCCUAAUCACAAGGGUGCCCAAGAACUCGCAAAUCUUUACAGCACUGGAAAAAGAACACAAGAGUGCAUUUGUGUUGGUAUCUGCAUUACACUCAUGGUGGUUAAUUCAAUAUUUAUCCUCGUCAGAUUACGAGUAGAAAAUGUAAGUUCAAUCGCGAUGGCAGCAUUUUGCGGCAUUGUUACGGCAGAUUUUGCAUCUGGAUUUGUACAUUGGGCCGCUGAUACAUGGGGCUCUGUGGAACUUCCAAUUCUUGGAAAGAACUUUUUGAGACCAUUUCGAGAACAUCAUAUUGAUCCAACGAGUAUAACAAGGCAUGAUUUUAUAGAAACUAAUGGUGAUAAUUUUAUGGUCACAAUACCAUUCCUUUGCAAAUUAACAUGGGAUUUUUUAAGUCUCCCAGAAUCGGUAAUUCAACAGAAAUUUGUUUGGACCUGUUACUGGUUUCAGCUUGCAAUUUUUGUAGCAAUGACUAAUCAGAUACAUAAAUGGUCUCACACGUAUUUCGGACUACCUACUUGGGUCGUUUGGUUACAAGAACACAGAAUUAUAUUGCCUAGAAAACAUCAUCGCGUGCACCAUGUUGCACCGCAUGAAACCUACUUCUGCAUUACUACCGGAUGGUUGAAUUGGCCAUUAGAAAAGCUUCGUUUUUGGUACAUUUUGGAAAUUUUCAUUGAAAAAGCUACUGGUUGCAAGCCAAGAGCAGACGAUUUGAAGUGGGCACAGAAGCGGUCUUGAGAAUUAAUGUGUUUUAUCGUUUUAUGCAUUUUCAAGGACAAGGAACAAAUUUAACAAACAGUGAAAAUUCCGUGGUAACCCGAGUUAGUGAAAAAAUAUACAAUAAAUUUUUAAAUAGAACAUGCAAAGAGGAAGGUUAAAUCCGUAAAUAUAAACUUUUUUUUUUCUUAUAUUUAGCACUACGAGGCCUUUCCUACGAAAUAGAUAGCGUAAUUAAAGACAUUUAGUAUUACUUGAACAUGCUUUUGAAAUUUACACGUUUAUAAUAGGUAUAUGCAAUAACAUAGAUAUAUGUAUAUAUGCAUAUAUAUAUAAUAUCUAUUCAUAAGAAAAAUGUGAACAUGGAAUCAUGUUUCUGUAACUAUGAAUUAACAAUUGGCCUGACAGAUUAAGCAAUUACGUUUAUGCACUGCACAAUCAUUACACAAAUAGCACAAACUUGAGCAAAGAGCCUUAAUUGAAGAAUUUUUAUAAUAAUUUACAAAGUAUUACAUAGCUGAAAUCAAAGUAUGCAACAUGUUAUGCAAAAUAAUCGCGCAUAGCCUAUAUGAUUUAUAAAAACAAUGUUCAGUAUCUGAAAUUAAAUUGAAUGUUACAGAUAAGAAGCAUGGAUACAUACAUAUAUAAUCAUAUAUUAUUAUAUAUGUAUGUGUAUAUGCACGAGUAUAUGUAUUUAAGUAUUAAUUUAAAUUAAUUGCUUACACUUUGUUGCACAUGAAUUUAAAAAGUGUAGUUUUGAAGAAAAGUUAUAAUUUAACUUAAAUAAUGCGCUAAUCUACACUAGUCUAAUCUGCUGAAACUGCUUAAGUACAAUCACCAAUUUCCCUGAACCUCCAAAAAAAUUUUUUAAGCCAUUGAAAUUGAAUAAAAAAAAAUUAUUCAUUUGCAAUGAGAACAUCCUGUCAAAAGCAAAUAUUUAUUUAUACAUGCACAUUCUAAAAUUAAUUAUCUUUUCUGAAUAAGAUAGAACCCAAUCAAUGUUCAUCAACAAAUGUAUAGAUACAUUAUCUUGUACUCUUUUUGAUAACUGACGACAGAUAUCGAAUUUAGAGAUAUUAAAAUUGGUAACAUAGUCAUCAAUUUUAAUUUCACUUAAAAAAUUGUGAAAAAAAAGUAAGAUAAAAACAAUUAACAUCAUUUAUUAAUUCGAUUAUAUCUUUAACAUAAAAAGAGUUGUAACAUUUUGGUUCUCAUUAAUUUCUUAGCUCACAACAAAUGAUAUAACAAACGUAAAAAUUGUAAGAUGCUAAAUAUAAGUACAAGUUUUAGGUUCAGGGACCAAAACAGGGCCUAUUGCUCUAUGCAGCAGUCUUUGAAAUUGUAAUUGGUUCGAUUUGGGUAAAGUAUACUGAUGUACAAAUAGUAAUAGAAAUCUGGCUGAAUUUUUAAAAACGAUGAUAUGAAAUUUUAUUAACAGUGGCUUUGAUAUUUAUACCUAUUAUAUUUUUUUAGUAUCUACCAUUUUGUCUUGUAAAUUUCAGUAUACUCUAUACAGAGCUUUACCAUGAUAUAUGUUCCUUGCAAGCAAAUCAUUAAUAAUGUCUUUUAAAAAAACAAUAAUUAUAAGACAUUGCAAUUAUUAUAAGUAUCAUAAUUGUUACUGUUGUUGUUAUUGUUAUAAAAAAUGGAGUAUAAAUUUAAAACAAAUUCAUCAUAUAGCAAUGCGUGCCAGAAUUGAAGCUUUCUCUUUAUAUAAAUCUAUUUAAAUAGUUAACUAACAAUUACACAAAGCGAAAUGAAACACAAAACUAUAUUUUUUGCUAAUUUAAUUUUCUAAGCAAUAUACUAAUGUCACUACUAUUAUUGCAAACUCUAAUUCCUUUUUGCAAUAUAGUUUUUUAAAAACAGAUUUAAAAAGAAGGUAUAAUAAUGGAACUGUACAUUGUGGCAUCCUAAUAUAAAUUGAAAGAAAGUAAAGAGAUAUAAAAACUACUUACUAUGUACAAAAUGCUUUAAACCG